AUGGCAUCCUACCACCGUGUUCUCGAGACCUUUGGAAGAACUAUUAAUGAUAACACCUUGGAAUGCGACUGUGAUAUUCAUCCAUGGGAACUCGCCAUUAAUGGGGAGCAAUGGGCUGGCAAAAUUCGGCUGAUUGGCUAUGUGGAUGUGUUUUUCCUCAUCGCCUACUCUGCCAAUGCUCGAUUUGAGCAUGGAAUUAUCGUUUAUAAGGACAAAUUGGCCCUGGAGGAGCUUACAGGCAUUACCUCCAAACCGAGCCAGGCAAACACUCAGGGUGAUAACUUAGCAGAUCAUCAGGAACCCGAAGAAAAUCUUCAAGACAUUGAGGAAGCCGGGGAUGCUGAGGAUCCAAACGCGAAGGCAGACCAGGACGAAAAUUCCAAGUCGACCGACGAGCAACCCAAGGACAAUCAAAACGAGGAGAUCGUGGCUCCCGAGUUCCGGAAAACGAGCACUCUUUCGAUCAAGAGCCUGGGUCACCCGGUCGGACUGCGAGCCUCGUAUCCCAAGUCAUGGAUCCGCAGCUACAAGGUGGAGAUCACCAAGCCCGCCAGCUGGGGGUUGAGCAAGCGCAUCAUGCGGGGUUUGAAGCCACACAGUACUUACGAUCUGAUGAGCGACGUAAUUCGCUGCGGCAUCAUCUCGCAAGGUCAGUUGGCGGGUCAUAUCAUGGGUAUCCUCCUCGCCGGAACCCAGCUGGACGACACGGCCAAAAAAUACCUCAAUGGGUUGACGUCAGGCAACGACGCUGGUCGGCAGGCGUUGUCGAAUGAGAAGAUCUAG